ACACCUCCACCUACUCACAGCUCUCAAUCGAAGCUGCAAAUCGCCAAUUGCCCCAAAACACUCCUUCCAAAGCCGAGGCCAACCAAAACGAAAGCCAAAAAUGUCAACCAUCCGCCCCAUGCGCGUAACCGACCUACUCCGAAUCUCCACCACGAACCUCGACCCGCUCACCGAGACGUACAACAUCAGCUUCUACCUCGAGUACCUAACCAAAUGGCCCGAUCUGUGCCGGGUCAUCGAAGGGAUCGACGGGCAGAUUGAAGGAUAUAUCCUCGGCAAACUCGAAUCCUCGCCCUACCCCUCCCCCAUCUCCCCCUACAACCCGCGCACCUGCCCCGACCCGAACUACCUCCCCUGGCACGGGCACAUAACCGCGCUCACGGUGUCGCCGACCGCGCGGCGCCUGGGCCACGCGACGGCGCUGAGCAGCGCGCUGGAGGUGGCCAGCGACGCGGCGGACGCGUGGUUCGUCGAUCUGUUUGUGCGCGAGAGCAACGUGGUGGCGAAGGAGCUGUAUCGCAAGAUGGGGUAUAGCGUGUUCCGGAAGGUCAGGGAGUAUUAUAAUGAUGGCGAGGAUGCGCUGGAUAUGCGGAAGCCGCUGGGGAGGGAUAAGGGGCGGGAGUGUGUGAGGGAGGAGGGGGAGAAGUGGGUGGUUAGGCCGGAUGAUGUGUGGUAGGUGGACUGGGAGAGGGUGGAGGUUUUUGAUUGGGGCUUGGGAGAUGCGUGCGCUUCGAAGAGGCAGGCAUGCCUU